CAACCAUCUCAGAAUCUCAUAAACCUUUGAUCAUACGCCCUUCAAACCUUUCCAAACAUGGCGAUAAUUUGUACAUUGGGAAGUCUUCUUCUCUAAAUUCAUCGCCAUGUUUAUAACCAACUUGAUUAAGCGGAAGUUAGCAUCUUUGUUGCAACCAUGGCUGCUACAAGAACCGGAGUUGGAACUCAAGCUAGGGUUUCUUCGUUCUUAUGGAAUCGUCAAGAACCUCCGUUUCAAUACUUCAGCACUCAACGAGCUUCUAGACGAUUCUAUCAGUUUUUACUUCACUGAUUUCAGAGUCGAUCGAUUGACCCUCCGGAUAUCCACCUGGUCUGCUCCUGCAUUCAAUUGGGAACUGCAGGGUUUUCACGUCACUAUAUCCCCAAGGGUAGUGGAGGGGAGCGAAAGGAGCCGGGAACCCUCGGAGGUGUUGUUGGAUGAGAAGAAGAAGGUUCUACGUGAAAUUGAUCCUGAGGGUAGUGCUUUGCAUGAUAUCAUGGAAAAGCUUGCGGAUAUUGCCCUUUCAAGAAGCCAGACACCUGCUCUCCCUAAGCUUAUCGUGAAUUAUUGUUGCUUACAGAUGUGUGAUAUCAAUCUACGACUGCAGCAUGCCAUCUCAGAUAAUUCCUUAGAAUGCUUGUGGGAGAUGGAGGAGCUUAAUGUGGACUCUCGACUUGUCAAGCCUCAAAGUUUUCUAAGAGGGUACAUCAGUUCACUUUUUGUAUCGUCUAAAGAAAGCUACUUUGAUCUUGAACUCAGAGGUUUAGAGAUAAAAUUGAAGAGCAAUGAGCAAAUUAUCCCGGUGGGUUAUGCGACCAAUAUUAUCUGUGCCGUGAAGUUGAAUGAUCUUCAGUUGAUCGAUCUCCAUUGUUCCAUUGAGGAAUUAGUAAUUUCAUUUUCUCCAAUAGAUGUCUCCAUUAUAUCAGUGUUAGUGAGAGAAUUGUCACGAAAGUCCUCGCCAAUAAGAAAUGGUAGGCAACUUUGGAAAGAAAACACAACCAGAAUUAGGUCAUUGAUCUCAAGACGUAGAUGGUCGAUGUGGAAGUUGGUAAAUGUUGUUUGCCUAUGGUUACGUUAUGUUCAUGCCUGGGAUAAUUUAUUUUUACUCAUUGGAUAUCCAACAGACAUCAUGAUAAAACGAUCUGCAGUAAAGAUGUCUAAGAACCAGAUAUUUUCUAAAUCUUUUAUGCGCCAAUGGCAAGUAAUUUCUGAAAUUGAGCAAGAAAUACCUGCCCCAGCUAUCGCACUGGCUCAUCGAGUAGUCCGAGGCAGAACAGUAAAAAAUGUCAUUCCGAGCAAAGAUGAGCUCCCGGUCACCAGGUACUUGGAGUACUUCCAGAAGUCUUGCCAAUCAUUUGGUCGUAUAUGGAGUACUUUCUGUAGCAUGCUUAAUUCAAUAACACACUGGGCAUUUUUGAGAAAUUCUUUUGCUUCCCAUCCUAAAAUGAAAAAGAUCGGAGUUCUUCCCACAGAUUCUUGCACAAAUCUUUGUUACAAGCUGAACUUGGGGAAAAUUUCCGUCACCAUUUCCCCUGAUAACGCUAUACCUUCUGUUGGUAAAAGAACUGUCUCAGACAGAAGGGUUUCAGACUUGGAUUUACUUUCGUUCAGUCUAUUAAUCGACACCCUUAUCUUGGUUUACCAAGAAAAUAUCUGUGAGCAUCAAUCGAUUUUCUCCUGUAGGAGCUUCAAGGUUAUGUAUUCCUCUGCUACCAGAAAUAAGCAUGGAUAUUCUUCAAAAGGACGCCAGAAGCAUCAAGUUUUAGACUCAAAAACUAUCCUAUGGAGUAAACCUGCUCUUGUUUUUAACCAUGAAAAUACUGAAAUGGUCUCCCUACCGCUUUUGGAAAGCCUUCUAAAUGAGAUGUGGUUGGAUUGGAAAAUAUCUUGUGCAGAAUUUGAAAAAACUACGGAUGAGCAAUUGAAUGAUCCCUUUGUUCUCUGUGAGAUCAAGCAUUUGUUGACAGAUCAGGGCCACAAUAGUUUGAGUUAUCACUUCACUAGAUGUUGUUUGGCACUAGGACAAUUGGACGUUUCUUUGGGAUAUUCAUCAACAUUAUCGUUAGCGAUACUUCUUCAGCAGAUACAAAAAGCUUUCAGUUGGCCUACUGAGAUGAAAUCACACAAAUCUACUCCAAAAUCUUUCGAGGAUCCACCGGUGAGAGUCUGGGAUUGUCAUUCACGUAUUUCUGGAGUAGAAGAGGCACUGCAUAAAGUAUUACCGGAAAAGCUUAUUCAAGUUGGUGUAUAUGUGGUUGGUCCUCAAAUCCGCAUGUCAUUGAGAAAGGACAGUUUGCACAGCAGAAGUACAAACUUACAUGAAGCAGAUGAUGAUAUUCACCUUUCAUUUGAUUGUAAAAACGUCGAACUCAUCAUGUCGCCAAUUCUAGCAGAUAAUUCCACAAUAUUAAAUGAUGCAAUUCACAUGAAGGAGCUUCAAAUAGUUGACCUGGGUAAGUCGGAUAAUGAAAGCUUCCGGUGUCAAGGGCAAAUAAUGCUUGAUGCCUCCUUGAAAAUUCAUGGAAUAAUUGCUAACCUUGAUGACUGGCCUGAACUUCAACAGUCCCAAAUUAUGACACUAAAGCCAAUAUCACUUCAACUUUCAACAAUAAGGAAGGAUGCUUGGUCACUUGGUGAAAGUGUAAGUGCUUUCUCUGCAGUCCUGCAUGGUAAUGCUUCGGGGCUCUCAGGUCUAAUAUUUGUUGAUGAAUUGUCUGUUUUAGCUGAGGUGGUUAGUAGUUUGAUAUUUGCUCUAUCGCAUGCAUUUAACACAACUGACUCAUCCAGUUCUGUAAAUUCUCAUCAUUUUAAUAGUCAAGAGAUGUUGCAUGCUGGUUCUGAAAAUGAGAUGCUGAUGAGUACAAAUACUGGAACAUCCUUGGUCAUUCAGAGAACUCUUUAUAUUCUUAAGUGCACUUCUGAAAUCCAGUCAGUGGAUAUAGUCAUUCACAAGACCAGGAAAGGCAGUGCCAUCGAGAACCAAGUGACAAUCUCUGAAUCCUUUAUGAGCCAGAAUCUAUCUGUGCACUUCUUGCCUGAUAGUGGAAUUCACAUUUCUGUUCAUCAAAUGCAUAUGAUGUUAUCAUACAAAAAGAAAGAACGGAAAAUGGAAGGGCUUGCUAAUUUCUUUGGUUUACGAGCUGUUAUUUUCAAAUAUGCAAAUGAUGUCACGAAUACGCCUGAUAAGCAUGAUAUCCGUGAUUUGUUGCCACGACAUCAGGAUGUAUGUGAAUUAUCAGUUUCUAAUUGCACAUUCAGUUUAUCUUUGACAUAUCUUCCCCAUGAAUUACCAUCAUCGCACAGAGAAGUUGUAAGUUCUACUUCUGGAAGUAAUAUUUUACACACAAUGGAGAAUCCUAUUUUGACAAAUAAUUCUGAAGAGGUGAUUGCUCAAUCUCCUAAAGAUAAUCAGAACACCAGCCUUGCUCAGUCGACCGUAGCUCCAGUUUCAAAUACUUGUUUACAUGCAAGAAUUUCCUCAACUGAAAUUUAUAUGAUAGGAUGCCCUUUAAAGGAUGUAAUAGUUGGAAAACAUCAGUCAAGUAAGCUUGAGAUAUCACUUUCUAGUGAUGGUGGCUGUCAGACAAUUAGCUCGUGUCAUUGUCAGGGUGGUAUUAUCUUCUUUGAAACCAUAUCGGCCGUUCUGUUUUCUCAAUGUGGAAAUUCGUACAUACGUCGCGUCAGACAUCUUUUACGUGGUGCACCAUCAUUUCAGGAAAACCAAGCAGCUGCCGAUAGUGCAAAUGUCACUAUACUUGUAGACUAUCCCAGCCAAGGGACACGAACCGUGCCUCAGCAAGGAAUGCAGGGGAUUUCAGAAGAUUUUACCAUGGGACUCUCUCAGUUCUAUUUUGCCUUGAUGGCUAGAGAUGAAUCUGGAAGACUUCAAGAACUUCUGUUUGGUGCUGACAUGCAUUUGGACCUUAAAGUUGUCAAUAUGAGGAGAAAAUUAUCGUUUGGUCUUCCCCAUUUUUCCAUUCUUUCUCGAGUUCUUCAAGAAUUUAACAGACAUCAAAGUAAUGAAGUUCAGAUUCCUAUUAUGUCUUCUAGCACUUCAAGUGAUCCAUCUUUUCAUUUAAUACCAAAAGACAUGGAAGCGACACAUGGGAACACGGAUGAGAUUCAUCCAGUAACAACUGAUGCAAGCAGCUCCACUUCUGAUUCCCGCAUAGAACUGCGCAGUCAAGAUUCCCAUCAAGGUCCUGCAAACUACAUUUUGAAACAGCUAAGUUGUUUUAUAGCAGUUGAGGAGCCUGUGCCAAAGGAUCCUUCUGAUACUCUGAAAUCAGAUCAACAUUGGGUUGGCAGUGGUUCUAUUUCAGGCUUUGAUGUGACAAUAUCCUUGUCCGAGAUGCAGAUGAUGCUUUCAGUUGCUGAACUUUCGGGGGGUUCCAGCAAGGAAACAACUGCCAGCGUGCAGCAAAGACAAUUGCAUAUUGAUGAGGAACCUGUGAGGAAGUUGGAGGAGAUGGUCCAAGAUGGGAGUAUCAUUGCAAUCCAAGAUGUCCAUCAGCAUAUGUAUAUUGUUGUAGAAGGUGCAGAAAGAAAGUACCAUUUAGCUGGUGCAAUGCAUUAUUCACUUGCUAGAGAGAUGGCUCUUUUCAGGGUGAAGUACCAUUAUCAAAGAAUAUGGAAGUCAACAUACCUCUGGUUCUCAUUGACCUCAUUGUGUGCUAAAAGUGAAUCCGGGGAACACCUGCAAUUGAACUGUAACUCCAGAUCAAACUUUGUUGAGCUUUCCAGCUCUGGUAACAGUGGGUCAGCACUUUGGCGUUCACUCCCUUGCAAAUCUACAGGUUUUGAAGAUGAUAGUGAGCUGGAGUCGUACAACAAUGUAGAAAAAAAUCUAUUUUACCUAAUAAAUAGGAAGAAUAAUUGUUCCAUAGCUUUUGUUGAAGGAGUUCUAGAAUUUGUAAGCAGUCCCAGAAAUCCAUUUAAGUGGAAAGUUUUUCAGGAUUUUGCUUUGGCUCGUGAUCCAUUAUUGCUGGAUACAUUGGAGGACUCUAAGACUGGUGCACAAGAUACUUUACAUGCAGAUAAAGGAAAAUCCACAGAAUCUACUUGGGCUUUACCCUUGAUUGAUAUAAAGAUUGACAAAAUUUCUCUGACCUUAUAUCAUGAAAUUCCCGAUACAACGGAAAAGCUCCCGCUUCUCCAGAUGUCCAUGGUUGUUCCAGAAUUUAGCAUAGAGAUACUGCAUGCUAAAACCAGGGUGAUAACCAGACUUGCAGUUGAGUUAUACACGUUUGAUGCCCAGAGAAACUUAUGGAACACAUUUCUACAUCCAGUUGAAGUAAGCAUUUUCUGGCGAUCUAGGUUUCAAAGCCAUGAUGUAGGAACUGUUUCGCAUGGAGUGCCUGUUCAUUUCUAUGCUAGAGUUAAAGAGUUCCGGGUAUCAGUAAUGGAGCUCUCACUGGACAUACUUCUGUUUGUGAUUGGAAAACUGAAUUUGGCUGGUCCUUAUGCAAUUCAAAGCUCUUUGCUUCUGGCAAACUGCUGCAAGGUUGAGAACCAGUCAGACCUAUUCCUUCUUUGUAAGUUUUCAGAUAAGCAGAUUGUUACAAUCGCCAGAAAACAAUCCACAACAGUGUUUUUAAGGAACUUGGCAUCAAAUCAGCCUCCAAAAGCAUCGAAUGUGUCAAUCCAACUUGCAGAGCGAGGAGAUUUUAUGACCGUUCCAAUUAAGUUCUCACUCUUAAAAGCUGGUACAUUUGCUUGGAGAACACAUAUAGUUUCUAAAAAUGAUUCAAAAAGAUUUCCUGGGCCAUUUGUUAUAGUAGAAAUUACAUGGAAAUCUGAGGAUGGCUUGUCUAUUGUUGUCUCUCCCUUACUAAGAAUCCACAAUAAGACUGAUUUUCCUAUCGAGCUCCGAUUUCAACAGCCUGUGCAAGAGGAAAACGAGGAUGCUUUAGUGCUUAAGGCAGGGGAUACAGUUGAUGAUUCUACGGCAGCUUUUGAUGUCAUAAAAACUUCUGGUGGAUCGAAGAAUGCAUUAAUAUCUGCAAGUGUUGGUAAUUUCAUAUUCUCUUUCAGGCCUAAAAUUUCUGAUGACUCUCGAAAUUUUAAGAACUUGGCUUCAAUGGGAUGGUCUGAUGAACUCAAAGGUGGAAAGGCUGCACGUCUUUCUGGAUUAUUUGAUAAAAUAAGUUACCAUGUACGGAACGCUUUUCCAGUUGAAUCAGCAAAAUCAUCCUUCAGCACGGCUCGUACUUCUUCAAAAUCAAAAGAGGGGGAAGUUGAUGAUUUGCACUUCCUAAUUCAGAGCACCAGAAGAGACGUACCUAUUUUACAACCUGAUGGCUCUGAACAUGCUAUCGAAGGAAGAGCUUCAACAGUUGCAUUACUAGAGCAAAACGAAAUCUAUAUUCUUCCAACAGUUCAGAUAUCUAACCUAGUGCAGUCAGAGAUACACGUGCUUUUGACCGAUAAAGAUCGCUAUUUGCCCCAAGACAGUGAGAACAUGAGCAAGCAGGCAACGAUUCCUUGCAGGUCGAGUGUCAACUUGUAUUCGAAUCCUGAGGCAAUGUUCUUUACUGUUACCUUGACUGCCCUUGGAUUAAGCUGCAAACCCGUAAAUUGUGGUGAUUGGGCUAAAAAGUUACUGAAGCAGAAAAAAGACAACCGAAACUUGGACAUGGAGUUGAACUUCGGUGAUGGAAUAUAUUUUUGUUCUUUAAGGUUGUCUUGUGGGCAUAGGGGCAUAUUGGAGGCUGCUAUAUUUACGCCAUACACCCUGAAGAAUAACACUGAUUUUGAUUUAUUUUGUCUUGCACCGAACCAGAACCCCCUAUCUAGAAAUGAAGCCGAGGAACUUCGUUCUCAAGGGUAUUCACAGCUAGGAGUUUUGUUGCCUCCUAAAUCAGCUAUCUCAUGGUUUUUUAGAACGAACAAGGUGUCCCUGAAACUGUUGCAUGACAAAGCAACAAAGGCACAAUUAGACUUGGAUGCAGUAUCAGGCCUUACAGAGAUAAAUCUAGAAGUGGAAGAAGGACCAGGACUGAAAUAUAUUACAAAGUUGGGCGUUUCAUUACACUCAACUAUCAGGAAAGUAGUUCCAUCGCAAGUAGUAUCUUUGAGUCCAAGAUAUGUUCUAGCGAAUGAAUCGGAUGAAGUGAUCACUGUUCGUCAGUGUAACUUAGAGGAUGAGAUGCAGGGUGUGACUACUGUCAGCAGUAAACAGAGGAAAGCAUUACAACUUUGCAACAGAACGAGCAAAAAGAGGGAAACUAGCAUUUUUGAGAACUUCAUUAGAAAGCAUAAAAAUGUUCAAGAUGAUUCAUUGCUGUUCAUUCAGUUUCGACUAAAUGAAGCUGGAUUGAAUUGGUCAGGGCCAGUAUGCGUUGCUUCAAUGGGUAGAUUUUUUCUAAAAUUUCGAAGAUCUACAAACAUAACUGUAGAAGAAAUAGACCAAGAAACAGCAAGUGAAGAAAAUAAGCAGGAAUUUGCUGUUGUUGUUGUAUCGGAAGAGGAUUCGUCUCUUGUUUUACGCUUCCACAGACCUCCCAACAUGAAUUUUCCUUAUAGGAUUGAGAAUGGUUUAUGUGAUGCGUCUAUAACUUACUAUCAAAAGGGUUCAACGGAACUAGAGACUUUGGGAUCUGCAAAGCAGGUUAAUUAUGUGUGGGAUGAUUUAUCUCUUACUCAUAGGCUGGUCAUCCAAAUAAGUGGUUUGCAUAUGCUACGCGAAGUUAACUUGGACAAGGUGCGGGCAUGGAAACCCUUCUAUAAAUUUGGGCAACAUAGAGUGUUGGGGUUUAAUUUCCCUCUAGAUAAGAAGGCAGGCGACAAGGUCAAACUGAGAAGUUCUAGUAACUUCAAUGAGAUGGAGAUGGUAAAUUUGGGUUAUGAAGUUUAUGCAGAUGGUCUCACAAGAGUACUUAGAAUUUGUGAACGUAAUGAUAGCCGCAAGCUGGAUAAAGUAUUCUAUCCUGGCGCAAAAAUUGCACUAAGGGUCUCCAGAUUUGCUAUUCACUUCUCUGAACGUGCUAAGCAGUCACUGAAGGAAGAAGAGUCGGAUGGGUCACUUGUCUACACACCAAUCAUUGUUGUGCGGCUGAGUAACAUCAGUCUGGAUUCCAUGCUUACUGAUCAACAAAAACUGAAUCAGAUUAGAGUUCAGUCUGUGAGUGUGGAUCAAAAGUGGGUAGGAGCUCCUUUUGCAGCAAUGCUUCGCAGGCAUCAAACGGGAUUCUCGGAUACAUCUGACAGCAUGCUCCGUGUAGUACUCAUUCUGCUUCCAUCCAGUUCUAAUAUCCGACAAGUAAAAUAUUCAUCCAUUGUUCUUCAGCCAGUUGACUUGAACCUGGAUGAGGAAACCCUGAUGAAAAUUGUCCCUUUCUAUAGAACAUCACUCAGUGACCCAAAUACUCCAAGUCAGCAAUAUUACUUCGAUCAUUUUGAGAUCCAUCCAGUAAAGAUCAUAGCAAGCUUUCUCCCAGGAGAUUCAUAUUCCAGCUAUAAUUCGACACAAGAGACUAUGAGGUCUUUGCUGCACAGCGUGAUAAAGGUUCCUGAAAUAAAAAACAAGACUGUAGAGCUGAAUGGUGUCCUGGUUACUAGUGCUUUGAUUACUAUACGUGAACUUUCUAUCAAAUGUGCACAACAUUAUUCAUGGUAUGCCAUGCGAGCAAUCUAUAUAGCAAAAGGAAGCCCAUUGCUUCCCCCAGCUUUUGCUUCAAUUUUUGAUGACCUCGCUUCUUCCUCCCUCGAUGUUUUUUUCGAUCCUUCAAGUGGCUUGGUCAAGCUUCCUGGUCUCACCUUAGGUACGUUCAAGCUCCUCAGUAAAUGCAUUGAUGGUAAAGGCUUUACCGGGACCAAACGGUAUUUAGGUGAUCUAGGGAAAACUCUAAAAACGGCUGGAUCAAAUAUCCUUUUUGCUGCUGUUACAGAGAUAUCAGAUUCCGUGUUGAGGGGAGCAGAAACGAGUGGGGUUGAUGGAAUGUUUAGUGGUUUUCGGCAAGGAAUACUCAAAUUGGCGAUGGAGCCAUCUGUACUCGGGAGUGCUUUUAUGGAAGGUGGCCCAGAUAGAAAAAUUAAGCUUGAUCGUAAUCCGGGCAUCGAUGAGUUAUAUAUCGAAGGAUAUUUGCAAGCUAUGUUGGAUACAAUGUAUAAACACGAAUAUCUCAGAGUGAGAGUGAUCGAUGACCAGGUUGUACUAAAGAAUCUGCCACCAAACAGUGCUCUUAUAGAUGAAAUUACCGACCAUGUGAAGGGAUUCCUUAUGAGCAAGGGAUUGUUGAAAGGAGAGAUGUCAUCCUCUCAUCGUUUACAUCAUCUUCGAGGAGGAAAUGAAUGGAGAAUCGGUCCAACGGUUUUGACUUUGUGUGAGCACCUCUUCGUAAAUUUCGCAAUUGGGUGGCUGAGAAAGCAGGCGGGCGAUAUGACUUCUAAAAUCAAGUGGGAGAAUAAGUUUAAGGGGAAACCUGAAAAAGCCACGAAACAACCGAGUAAGAUGUCUGUUUUGAAAUGGGGCGUUGGACAGUUCGUGUUUGCAGGUAUUGUUGCAUAUGUUGAUGGUAGGUUAUGCCGUAGUAUUCCUAAUCCCGUUGCAAGACGCAUCGUUAGCGGCUUCGUGUUGAGUUUUCUCGACAGAAAUGAUGACAAAUGAACAUCGUUUUUCUUUGAAUCUUGCAUGUAUCAAGUCGUAAACCAUGGUAGCGUUAGAAGUCCAUCGGAAAUACAUGUACAGAUUUAAAUCUAAUAACCAAUCCUUGAAGGAUUGAAGUAUAUAAUAUUUAUAUACGGCCACAACUAUAUAUACCUCACUUUUAGUGAGGUUUUAACUUUUGAUCUAUUAAGUGGUUGGGUUCUAGUAGUAAUCU